AUGUCAUAUUAUGAUAUAGAUGACAUACUAGCUGAUUCACAGAGAUUACCUUGCAAGUUCAACUUUAGUAUACCGGGAUUGGGGUAUUUGAAUGGACGGCCAGGAGACCCAAUUAAAGAAAACGAUAAAGUGGAGUUACCUAUAUGGCUUGCCAAUAUUCUUGCAAUUUGUGCGGCACAAAAUGGUGAGGAUAAUGACGCCGAUAACGAUGAGGAAGAGAACGAAAAUAGUCCAGAUAAGCAGGCCUUCAUCAGGUUGAUCGAACCUGAGUUUUUCUCUAAGCAGUUUCUCAACUUCAUUAAAUCUGAUCCUCUACGAAUUAGCUUGGCUCCAUAUGCUUACUACUACAAGAUUGUGACUAAAUGGUCAUACUUGUUCAAUGAUACAGAGUUGGUGGGACUAAUCAGUAAGAUGUUUGUUACGCGAGCCAGUGAGAUUAGUGCUCUCAGUUACAAGUCCAAUGAUCAGUUUAGUGGAGGUAAUCGGGAGUUUUUGAACGGUUUGGAAAUCUCUGAAAAAGACUUGUUUAAGACGAGCCAUAUUUCGUAUAAGGAUAUGAAAAAUUGGAUGGCUGGCACGAAGUAG